AUGUCUAAGCUAGUAAAAGAGGUAUCGGAUCUGAAGGUGCAGAACGAAAAGAUACAUAAGACAAAUGUCGAUAUAGAAAAAGCUUUAGAGUUCAUGAAUGGGCAGUACGAGGAGAUGAGAACAAAAAUUGGGAUUUUAGAAAAUGAGCGAUCACUGUAUAACGAUAAUAUCCUGAGACUGGAAAUGAAAGUUGAAGAACUGCAAAACAGUUCUAAGCGGUCUAUCGUUGAAUUCAGAAACAUUCCGCAGAAAGAAAAGGAAACCGCUGCCGAUUUAAUGUCAUUAGUAUCGUCAGUUGGCAAGGUUGUCAAUGUUGAGAUACCAUCGACAGAGGUCCGUGAUAUCUACCGCGGUCCCGGAAAACCGGACAUGAACAAGGCGGUAAUCUGCGAGCUGAGUCGAGUGCAGACUAAACAUGAACUCCUGGCAGCAGUGCGCGAGUACAACAAGGGCCGGCAACACUCAGACAAGUUAAAUACUGAGUUGAUUGGCGUAACAGGAAAACGCCUGCCUGUCUACAUCAGCGAACAUCUGCUCCCGUCAGCUAGAAAACUGUUCCACCAAGCACGUGAGUUUGCCAAGCAACACUCGUACAAAUAUUGCUGGGUCGUCGACGGAAAAAUAUACCUUAGGAAGGAUGAUGGUAUGAGAGCUGUUUGGAUCAGAUCUGCCAGUAUUCUAUCCGAUCUGAUACAGCAUAAAUAA